CUAUUCCCAUCUUGACUUUUCUCUGAUCUUGACAUUGAAUGACGUUUACAUCAUUUACAUAAACCAAAAUUCCUAGUGAAAAGUAUGACCGAUCCAUCAGAAAGUGAUGAAGCCCGCAAACCAGAAUCCCAACCCAAAACUAAAUCCCUUAAAGAUCGUGCAGCCCAACAAAUACAAGAGGUACAAACUCAGUACGAAGAAACCAACAAACAAUUAACUGGUAUAUUGACACAACAUAUACCUCACGAGUACUACGACGACAUUUACCAAAAUGUUGCCAGCGAUUAUGAAGAUAUUCUACAAGAAAAUAUGGUCAAACUAAAACAAAUCGCCAAAGAAGACUUCGAUAUUUGCAAUCGCAAUAAUCAAAAAUUAGUUGAAGAUACAAAGGAGCAAAUUCACUGUUUCAUUUACAAAACCUUCCAAGAGCAUGCAUCGAAAAAAGAUUUCACUCAAAUAGCCGAGACAAUUUUUGAAAACGUUAAUAAAAAAGUUAGAGAAGAUUUAAAAUCUAAAACCAAAUCCACAACUAAAGCAGUAGAAAGUACCAGAAAUAGCAUAAGUCCAGAUAUUAAUAUUAAUUUUGACUUUCGAAAGAUGCCAGAAGAGGUGGAAGCUGAGCAGGGGCUUCAGAAGUUUUUCGAAGAAGAAAUCUUACAAUUCAGUGAGCAAAUUGAGGAGGACUUUGGGAAUAUUAGGGAGAAAAUGUUAGAAGAUGUGGAUGAAACUAAAAAUAAAUUGAAAGAAAUUAUGGCAAAGGCAAGGGAAAAAGCUGUUCCCAGGGAACUUCCGGAGGUAAGAUCCCUUAUUCCCGAAGCUCCUGAGAAUCAUACUCUAUUGAAUCUCCCGUCAGGAAGUGCUGUAGAGCAAAAUAUAAACGAUUUAUCAAGUCAUACCCAAAACGAAUUCAAUAAAGUAAACGAAAAUAUGCAAAAAGAAGUUGAAGAAACCAAAGAACAAAUUAAUGAAAAAACGAAAUUUUACCUCGAAAAAGGAAAAAAUUUAUUAAAUUUUCGUGACGAUCCAGAAUAAGACAUCAUUAAAGUAAAACGGAACUACUAUAACCUACAAAACGACAUUUUAAUUAUGAAAAUUGAUAUUAAAUAUCGACAUUCGAAUUCCAAAGAACUUUUAAUGGUCCAACUGAUAAUCGUUAGUUGAAAGCGCGCAUUUAAAUUUAUGCAGAUAGCAAGCAAUUUUAUAAAAUUCAACUGAAAUUAAAUAUUGUAGAAUCGUUUCAAAUGUACAAUAUCAGUUACAUUUUGUGAUAAUAUUUUUCUUUUUAAAAUCAGGCCACAAUCCAUAUAAUAUCGAAAUACUUUCCAA